AUGUGUUGUCGGGACACUCUUCACUAUGUGUUUGAUUAUGAGACCCCCAAAACUCUGGUCAUCCCCAGUCUGCGGAUGGGCUGCGUUUUCAGAUUCACUCAGCUGCUGGUAAUAUUCUAUGUGAUUGUAUAUGUGUGUGUGAUACAGAGGGCCUAUCAGGAGAUGGACUCCGUGCUUAGUACAGUCACCACCAAAGUCAAGGGCUUCUCUCUCACCAAUGUGUCCCAGCAGGAGCCUCUUUUCUGGGAUACGACUGACCACAUCAUAUCCCCUCAGAGAGAUGAAUCAUUUUUUGUCCUUACGAAUGUGGUCGUCACACCAGACCAGAUUCAGUCCCGCUGUCCAGAGUUUCCCAGUCCCUCUUCUGUUUGUGUGGAUGACUGUGACUGCAUCGAGGGACUCAACCAUCCCAGAGGAAACGGUAUCCAGACUGGGCUGUGCGUGAACUUCUCUGAUUCAGUCCAAACCUGUCAGGUGUUUUCAUGGUGUCCUCUGGAGAAUGACACAGAUUUGCCAAAUCCUGCUCUUUUGGCUGCAGCUGAAAACUUCACUGUGUUGAUAAAAAACAGUGUGACAUAUCCAAAAUUCAAGUUUCACCGGAGAAACAUUCGUGUGAACUCGUCCUAUUUGGAGACCUGUGAGUUUCACCAUAAAACAGACCCCAACUGCCCCAUUUUCCGUCUCAAAUACAUAGUUUCUGAGGCGGGAGAGGACUUCCAGGAGAUGGCAGUGAAGGGUGGUGUUAUGGGUAUCCUGAUUGACUGGAGCUGUGAUCUGGACUGGUGGUGGACAGAUAAGUGUUUCCCCAAAUACAGCUUCAGAAGACUGGACAAUAAACACAUCAUCAAUAAUGUUGCCCCUGGAUACAAUUUCAGAUUUGCCAAAUAUUACAAAUCUGCUAAUGGGGAAGAAACCAGAACACUAAUUAAAGCUUAUGGCAUCCGCUUUAAUAUCAUUGUAUUUGGCACUGCGGGUAAAUUUGGGCUUGCGCCCACUAUUGUAACCCUGGGGGCUGCAUUGUCCUUUCUUAGUUUGGUGCCUAUGGUAGUAGACUGGUUCAUGUUGACAUGUACUAGUAAAAGAGAUUAUUACAGCAGACAUAAGAUCACUUAUCUAAAGGAGGACGCUGAGGCUGAAUCUAUAUCAAUGGCGAUCUAUGGAACCCACUAGAUAUCUUCACAGCAGCACUAA